GCAUGGGGUGCUGCCUCCUGGGGCCGGCGGUGUCAAGGGAAGUGGGUCACACAGAAGGGAGCGACGAGCCUCGAGUGGCGCGCGUGGAGGGUACCGGGCAGGAGGAGGCGCCAGGGGAGGGGCUGGCCGCUCCUGCAGCGACGGCCGGCGGAGGCGAAGGCCUGAUCUGGUGGAGGAACCGAGAGGAGCUGCCCGCGAGGAGCUAGGGGCAGACCUGGGCUCUGCUGUCAUUCCUGCUGCGUGACCUUGACAGGUGUGGGCCGGGGCCUGAGGGGUCUCCACAGAGGCCGUCGGGAUGUCAUAUUUUGGGGAUCAUUUUUGGGGUGAGAAAAACCAUGGCUUUGAGGUCCUAUACCACAGCGUGAAGCAGGGGCCCAUCUCCACCAAGGAGCUGGCCGAUUUCAUCCGCGAGAGAGCCACCAUCGAGGAGACCUACUCAAAGGCCAUGGCGAAACUUUCCAAGCUGGCCAGCAACGGGACCCCCAUGGGGACCUUCGCCCCGCUCUGGGAGGUCUUCCGAGUCUCCUCCGACAAGCUGGCCCUGUGCCACCUGGAGCUGACGCGCAAACUGCAGGACCUCAUCAAGGACGUGCUGCGCUACGGCGAGGAGCAGCUCAAGACGCACAAGAAGUGCAAGGAGGAGGCACUAGGCACCCUGGACGCGGUGCAGGUGCUCGCGGGCGUCAGCCAGCUGCUGCCCAAAUCUCGCGAGAACUACCUGAGCCGCUGCAUGGACCAGGAGCGCCUGCGCAGAGAGAACACCAGCCAGAAGGAGAUGGACAAGGCAGAAACCAAAACCAAGAAGGCGGCAGAGAGCCUGCGGCGCGCGGUGGAGAAGUACAACUCGGCGCGAGCCGACUUCGAGCACAAGAUGCUGGACUCGGCGCGGCGCUUCCAAGCCAUGGAGGAGAGCCACCUGCGUCACAUGAAGGCGCUGCUGGGCUCCUACGCACACUCGGUGGAGGACACCCACGUGCAGAUCGGGCAGGUGCACGAGGAAUUCAAGCAGAACAUAGAGAACGUCAGCGUGGAGAUGCUGCUCAGGAAGUUUGCCGAGAGCAAGGGCACCGGCCGGGAGAAGCCGGGACCUCUGGACUUCGAGACCUACAGUGCGGCCGCGCUGCAGGAAGCAAUGAAGCGUCUGCGGGGAUCCAAGGCCUUCCGCCUUCCGGGACUCAGCCGGCGGGAGCGGGAGCCUCCAGCCGCCGUGGAUUUCCCGGAACCCGAUUCAGGGACGUGUCCAGAGGUGGAUGAAGAAGGUUUCACUGUCCGACCUGACGUAACCCAGAACAGCACGGCCGAGCCUUCUCGUUUCUCCUCCAGCGACUCUGACUUUGACGACGAGGAGCCCCGCAAGUUCCACGUGCACAUCAAGCCUGCCCCCGCCCGGGCCCCAUCCUGUAGCUCCGAGGCAGCAGCGGCACAGCUCAGGGCCACAGCUGGCAGCCUCAUCCUUCCGCCGGGCCCAGGGGGCACGAUGAAACGCCAUUCUUCACGGGACACUGCUGGGAAGCCACAGAGGCCUCGGUCUGCUCCAAGGACCAGCAGCUGUGCAGAGAAGCUGCCCUUGGACGAGCAGGUGUCCAAGAAUCUCUUUGGGCCACCCCUGGAGUCAGCCUUCGACCAUGAAGAUUUUACAGGCUCCAGCAGCCUCGGUUUCACCUCCAGCCCCUCCCCUUUCUCCUCCUCAUCGCCUGAAAACGUGGAAGACUCUGGCUUGGACUCUCCUUCCCAUGCAGCACCCGGUCCCUCCCCAGAUUCCUGGGUCCCCCGCCCAGGCACCCCGCAGAGCCCGCCCACCUGUAGGGCACAGCCCCCUGAAUCCAGGGGAACACGUCCCCCACCACCGCCCGACUCUCCGCAGCGCCUGGCACCAUCGCCAGGCCCUUGGGGACUGGAGGCAGAAGCAGACCUGAUGCCUGGCCCCGCCCACGGCACCGCUCGGGAGGGCCUGGCUGCCCCGCCCCGGAGGCCCCGCUCCAGGAAGGUGUCCUGCCCCCUGACCCGAAGCAAUGGUGACCUGCCCGCUCUCCUGCCCUUCCAGUCUCGGCCCCCGAGCCCCUUGCCGCUGGGCUCCUCCGCCCCCAGCCUCGCCCUGGAGCGGCCCAGCUUCUCCUCCCAGACGGGGCACGGAGUCUCCCGGGGCCCAAGCCCAGUGGUCCUCGGCUCGCAGGAUGCCCUGCCGGUGGCCACAGCCUUCACCGAGUACGUCCACGCCUACUUCCGUGGCCACAGCCCCAGCUGCCUGGCUCGAGUAACUGGGGAGCUGACCAUGACCUUUCCAGCUGGCAUCAUGCGCGUGUUCAGUGGGACCCCACCGCCACCCGUCCUCAGCUUCCGGCUCAUACACACGGCCCCCAUUGAGCACUUCCAGCCCAGUGCUGACCUGCUCUUCAGCGACCCCUCCCAGAGCGACCCAGACACCAAAGACUUCUGGCUCAACAUGGCGGCCCUGACCGAGGCCCUGCAGCGCCAGGCAGAGCAGAACCCCACGGCCUCCUACUACAACGUGGUGCUGCUGCGGUACCAGUUCUCCCGCCCCGGCCCCCAGUCCUUGCCUCUGCAGCUGAGUGUCCACUGGCAGUGUGGCACCUCGCUCACCCAGGUCUCCGUGGAGUACAGCUACCGCGCUGGUGCCACGGCUGUGUCCACGCCGCUCACUAACUUCCAGAUCCUGCUGCCCGUGGGGGAGCCUGUGACCAAUGUCCGCCUCCAGCCCGCUGCCACCUGGAGCCUGGAGGAGAAGCGGUUUAUGUGGAAGCUUCCAGAUGUGUGCGAGGCCGGGGGCUCCGGCCACCUCUCUGCCAGCUGGGAGCCUCUGUCUGGGCCCAGUGCGCCCAGCCCUGUGGCCGCGCAGUUCACCAGCGAGGGGGCAACUCUGUCCGGCGUGGACCUGGAGCUGGUGGGCAGCGGCUACCGCAUGUCGCUAGUGAAGAGGAGGUUCGCCACAGGGAUGUACCUGGUGAGCUGCUGAGCCCGCCUGGCUCUGCACAGGUGCCCUCUCCACCGCCCUCCUGCUGGACGCGGGGCCUCCCCAGCCCCAGGCCCUGCCCGGCUGAGCCAAGACCCGCCUCCUGCCAGCUCCGCGCAGGCCCUGGCCUUUUAAUGUUCUUCGAAUCAACACUUUAUUUUCUAACAAAAUAAAAAAGGAAACCUCA